GUAGAUGAGGCCGCAGUGUAAUUGUAUUGUCAUGAUCCAAAGUCCAACUGGUGCAACAACAUGCAACUUUAACUACGGAAAGGGCAGAAAAGGAUUUAUUGGGAUAAGGAUUUAAAAUUAUGUUCUCAGUGCUAAUGAAGGAUGACUAUUAUCCACCUGCACAGGGACUGAUCCACUGAGGGCCUAAGGAUGGCAAAGAGUGUCAUGGUAACAUAUGCCCUGUGGGCAGCAGGUGGGCCUUUGGGCCUGCACCAUUUAUAUUUAGGACGAGACAGCCAUGCUCUGUUAUGGAUGCUCACACUGGGAGGAUUCGGGUUCGGCUGGGUCAGAGACUUCAUACGCAUUCCCUCGUAUGUUGCUGAGGCCAAUGAAAAUGUAGAGAAAGAGAGAGAAACACCUCCCUCCAUGGCCCCUCCACCUGUGAGCCUUGUGAGAUUUGUGGGACAGGUGUGUGUUGGGAUCUACUUCGGCACAGUGGCUCUGAUUGGACUGAACUCCCUCAGUUUCUUCUACCUGAUUGUUCUGCCUCUAAGUGUGGGUGCAGGGGUGCAUCUGGUGUCUUGUAUCGGUCAGCAGACUUCUGAUCUGCAAAAGACUUUGACUACUUGUCUCAUCACCUCCCCGAUAUUCUACGGCAGCACCUUAUCACCUCUUCCUAUAAGCCUGGCUGCAAGUGUCACCGCUGCACAGAACCGCAGGGCCAAACCUCCACGCACACCUGGGAGCAAACAGAAACUAGCUCCACGGCUCUACCGGCUCGGUCUAGCCUGGCUGGCCUUCUCUGCUCCGCUGGGAUACUGUAUUUUCCAUAACACCACAGCCACCCUGUACUACCUGUCCGACUGUGUAGCAGCACUGUUGGAUAUCUUCUGGUUCCUGCCUUGGCUCAGAAAUGUGUUGGAGUACAUUCUUUUAAUGCCAUAUCGACUCUUGUGUGUUAUCACUGGAGGGGGGUACUAUGAAGAGGCUUGGAGGAAGGUGCUGGAAAUACUGCUCAAAGAGUACUCCGAGAAAGAAAAAGAGGCACUGCAGGUAUUGUCGUUGGAAGUAGAGGCCUCUCUAGAAGAUAUAACUCGCAGUUAUAGGGAGCUGGUGAAGACAUGGCAUCCAGACCAUAACCCCAGCAAGGAGGCUGAGGCCACGUUUAUGAAGAUCCAUGAGGCUUAUGAGGUCCUCCUACGACGGCACAAACCUCAUCGAUUCAAAUAGUCGCCCUCCAUUUCUCACUGACUGGCUUUAAUAGUCACGAAGGUACAGUGGGACUCCAAGAUUGCUUUGUUUUUAUUGUUUUCUAUUGGGCAUGGAACAUAAAUCAAGAGCUUGUGCAGCUGAGUUAAUAUUUCCAAUUCAUGUUGAUGUUUAAUUUAAUGCAAUUAUAAGUGAACUCCUUCACACUUAAGUGACUGUAGAUUUAUUUAGACAAGUGCCCUAAAUAUGGUCACGUUACUUUUGUUGCGUUGUCAGUAUUUCUAAUCAGCAGUGGUGGAAUGUAACUAAGUACAUUUACUCAAGUACAGUACUGUACUACAAUACUCUACCUAUCAAUAAAUCACCAAUUUAUAGUAAUUAGACUUUUACCUUGAUAUAAUGUAAAUGCAGUUUACAUAAAUGGAUUAUUAUUAUUAUUAUUAUUAUUAUUAUUAUUAACAAUAAUAAUAAUAAUAAUAAUAAUAAUAAACCAAUAAUACAUUUAUAAUAAUAAAACAAUCUGAGUGGCUCCAUUUUGCAUAACAAGUACUUUUACUUUUGAAACUUUAAGUACAGUUUGAUGCUGAUACUUUUGUACUUUUACUUCAAUACGUUUUGAAUGCAGGACUUCUACUUGUAGUAGAGUAAUUUCACAUUGUGGUAUCAGUCCUUUUACUUCAGUAAAGGAUCUGAAAACGUCUUCCAAUACUGCUAAUGAGAAUGUGUUAAUAUGUUCCGUUUUAAUUGUUGCAGCUGGGGCUUUAAUUAGCGGUGCACCUCCUCUGCUGCACAUGUUUAUGAUCGUGUGUUCCCUGUCAAAAGCAUUGUGGAUGUUGACAUGGGUAUGUUGCAUUGUGAAGCUCCCUCCGUUUGUAACAUAUUCCUUACUAUUGGAAAAUACGCUAAAAUGUUUAAAUGUAUUGUCAUGAAGUUUCGAACAUAUAAAACAAAACAAAAAGUGAUGAUCGGAUAAUGUGACAAUAAUGACUUAACGAUCUUGAUGUUAUUGUGCUUUGUAGGAAUGAAAGAGAGCGAAAGAGAGAGAGAGAGAGAACUUGUCUUUGUGUAACCUGAACGUGCCCCAUACUAUUUUUUUACACAGGUAUGUUUAAAGAUUAUAUUGUUUUGAGUGUUUCAACUAAUCAGUGGUGGAAUGUAACCAAGUACAUUUAUUCAAGUACUGUACUUGAGA